AUGAAGAAGUUAAAGGAUCAAAACUCAUCCUUGUCUUCUUCAUCACCAUCUCUAGUAGCAAAGCUUCUCAAUGCUCAAUACCAUCAUUUCCUCAAUCUCCUUUCUUGUUCCCUUAUUCUUUGUUGCGGCAUAAUCAUCGGCAUUCUCCUUCAUUCAUCUUUACAAGACAUGUCUUCAACUUCUUCACUUAGCAUCCAACGCAUCUCUCAGCUCUUCCUUGACUCAUCUCCUCCUCCUCCUCCUCCUCCUCCUCCACCUUCUCCUCCUCCACCUUCUCCUCCUCCUCCUUCUCAACCAGAGCACGAUGGGUUCAAACGGUUUCUGAAGCCACCGGAGAAGAUCAUGCACGACAUGGAAGACGAAGAGCUUUUUUGGAGAGCUUCAAUGGCGCCUAAGAUAAGGGAUUACCCUUUUCCUCGAACCCCAAAGAUUGCUUUCAUGUUCUUGACAAAGGGACAUUUGCCUCUUGCUCCUUUGUGGGAGAGAUUCUUUCGAGGACAUGAAGGUCUUUUCACUAUAUACAUUCACUCCUAUCCUUCUUCCAACGAGUCCUAUCCCGAAGAAUCCGUCUUCCAUGGCCGGCAGAUUCCAAGCAAGAGAGUGGAUUGGGGAUACGUGAAUAUGAUUGAAGCAGAACAAAGACUACUAGCAAACGCAUUACUAGACAUAUCCAACGAACGAUUCCUACUUCUCUCCGAAUCAUGCAUCCCUCUCUUCAACUUCACCACCGUUUACACUUACCUCACUCACUCAACUCAAACUCACGUCGAGUCCUACGACCAACUCGGCGGCGUAGGACGUGGCCGAUACAGCCCCGAGAUGCAGCCACGUGUCAAGCUACGCCACUGGCGCAAAGGCUCCCAAUGGUUCGAAGUGGACCGUGCCAUGGCCCUCGAGAUCAUCUCCGACGUGAUCUACUGGCCUCUCUUCUACCGCUAUUGCCACCACGGUUGCUACGCGGACGAGCAUUACAUCCCUACGCUCAUCAACAUCAAACCGAGCAUGGCUCGACGCAACUCGAACCGGACUCUCACGUGGGUCGACUGGUCCAAAGGUGGGCCUCACCCGAACCGGUUUAUCAGAUACGAGGUGACUGAAGAGUUCUUGGAGAAUCUGAGGAGUGGUGGUGAUGACUAUAGGAUGUGUUAUCACAAUGGAGUCAAAACUAAUAUUUGUUAUUUAUUUGCUCGCAAGUUCUUGCCCACUGCUCUUGGCAGGUUGCUUAGGCUUGCACCUACUUCUUUAUAUUUCUAA